UUCGCUUUUUACCAAGAAAUGCAGUUAUGAACCAAACCUGUAAUUUCAUUAAACUAACUCAAAUUUCGAAAGAACUUAUCGCACUGUAUACUUUUUAAUUCACACAAUCGCACGCGUUGUCUUCACGAUAAUAAUAUGGUUUAACAUAACUGGCAUUCCAUGUACGAACACCGAGCUAUUCGCACAUGAUACGCAAGCACUUGGAUAUUCGUUACGUUUUUAAUAAUAAGGCAACAUCUGUGCUAGACCGCGCGGAGAAAUUAUGAAAAACGAUUAAAAGAAAUUACGGUGCUUCCAAAAAGGAAAUAAGCAGCUAAGAAACGAUAUCUUUGUUACUUACACGAUGUUCAAGUGAAAUUCUGACGAACACAACAAGAGAUAGUUUAUGUGAAAUUUUGAGUGAUAAACAUUUUAAAAUAGAACGCUGUGCCAUUAAAAAAGUUUUGAAAAUGUCAAAAGCUAUCGCAGUAGUACAGGGCCCGGGGAAGAAAACGAGUAAAGUGGAAAAUCAGGACACAAGGACCGUGCAAAUAAACCUGCCACCACCAAAACCAGUGGACAUAGAGUUCAAUGAUAUCAGCCUCAAAGUGUCCGAGGGCUGUACAUUCAGAAGAAACAAAACAAUACUAAAAGGAAUAUCGGGGCUGUUCAAAUCCGGUGAGCUGACAGCCAUAAUGGGUCCAUCCGGAGCCGGGAAGUCUUCACUCAUGAACGCUCUCACUGGUUUCUCGACAAAAGGCGUAACGGGAAGGAUUCGCGCCGGAGACUGUCUCUGCGAGCUACGCAUGUGGAUGAAUUCACCUCUCGUCUCUCGGAAUUUAGGCUCUCUAAAGGAGUACCGGAAGAAAUCCUGCUACAUACUCCAGGAUGACCGGUUGAACCCUCUCUUCACGGUCAACGAACUGAUGACUUUCGCGGCAGACAUGAAACUUGGAAAUACUCUGAACGAUAAAACAAAACUUGGAGUUAUAAAUGACAUUCUAAAUUCGUUAGGGCUGGCCGGAACAAGAGAGACGAGAUGCGGGAAUCUGUCUGGGGGGCAGAAGAAACGUCUUUCGAUAGCGGUGGAAUUGAUUGACAACCCGCCGGUCGUGUUCCUCGACGAGCCGACAACAGGUUUGGAUAGCCUCACGUCGACACAGUGCAUGAAGCUUUUGAAGAAACUCGCCCGUGAAGGACGAACUAUAGUCUGCACAAUACAUCAGCCCACCGCUUCUAUCUACUCUAUGUUUGAUCAGGUCUACAUUUUGGCGGAAGGAAUGUGUAUUUACCAAGGGCCCAGCGAAGAUACGGUACGCUAUCUCGCCACUGUUGACCUGCAUUGUCCCAAGUACCACAAUCCGGCCGAUUAUGUUCUGGAAAUAGCCACUGGAGAAUAUGGUAACUUGAACGAGAUGCUUGCGUCGAGGCAGCCGUGGCGAGGAGAGGCCACGAGGACUCCGACUGUCACCUCUUCACCAAUAUCCGAGUUUUCGUGCGAUCGAAUAUCCAUUCUAGUUAAUCCUCCCCAUGAAUUAUACAAGUUCGGAGUACUCUUCAAGAGAUGCAUAAAACAGCAGUACAGAGAUUGGACGACAACACAUUUGAAAGUGAUGUUACACAUCGUAUUUGGAGUGCUUCUUGGUCUUCUGUUCGAGAAUGCUGGUAAUGACGCUUCGAAAACUCUCAGUAACCUCGGCUACCUUCUUGUGUCUUCCGUCUACCUUAGCUACACGUCUUUAAUGCCAGCUAUACUCAAAUUUCCAUCUGAAUUACCGGUCGUGAAGAAGGAGACUUUCAACAAUUGGUAUUACUUACGCACAUACUACGCUGCGGUACUCGUUACUGGGAUCCCAAUGCAGAUUUGGUACAGCUUCGUGUAUUCGACGCCCUCAUACAUUCUCUCUGGACAACCGCUGGAAUUAACUAGAUUUUGUAUGUUUGUGUUGGUGCUCGCUACUGUGACGCUACUCGCUGAUGCCCUUGGUAAUGUCAUUGGCAGCACCGUUAACCCUGUUAAUGGGACAUUCCUGGGUGCUAUAAUGAUUUGCACCAUGAUAGUGUUCGCUGGGUUCCUCAUUCUGUUCUCCCACAUGAGUUCUUGGAUGAGAGCGGUCUCCCAGGCCUCGUUUCUGAGAUACAGCCUCGAAGCUCUGGUACUAUCUUUGUAUGGAUACGAUCGGUCGCCUAUGAAGUGCCCUGAGACGGCACUCUAUUGUCCAUUGAGGUACUCAAUGCAAGUCCUCACCGAGUUCAGCAUGAAACAGAACAGGUACUGGAUCGACGUUGGUAUUUUGUUCGGUGUUAUAUUUGCUGUGAGGAUUUUAGCAUAUUAUUCAUUGAAAAGGGCGGUCAAAUUAUCUGCGUAGGUUCUUUUUAGCAUUCGCAGAGUUAAAUUGCGAAAUGUUUUUCUUUUAAAUUUCGGUGGUGAGGUCAAAAUGCUCUUCUGAUAUAAAGUCGACAUUCUCAGGCACAAUGAAACUGUUCAGGCGUUGGAUUUAUAGGAUUUUUUUUCCGCUUGAACAAUGAAGUUACCAUAUCUAGUUGUUUAGGUAUAUGUUUAUUGAUUUUUAGAAAAUAAAAUUCGGAGACUGUAUUAAUAAUUUGUUAAGUAAGUUAAGUGUGAAUUGAAUUAAGACGGUAUAUUGACAGUUAAUAUUGACAGUAAUAUUGACAUGUCAAUUGAAUUGAUUUAAGGCGGUACUUAAUAUUGACAGCUCUUUAUGUAUUAAAUUCUUGCCAAUCUGUCAGAUGAAUAGUCGUAAUUGCCAACGUGGGGCAACACUAUUUUUUUUUUAAUAAGUAGAAAAAAAAUGUAAUAGAUAGUAAUAAUUACAUUAGGCUAACAUAGGUUAAGUUUUAUCACAUUUGAACUAAUAAAUGAAUCUUGUUACUUGAAAAUAAUAAAGAUUGUGAUUAAAAAUAUAAUGAAAGCUAUAGAUAAAUAUUAAAGCUAUAGACACAUAACAGUUUUUUUUUAUACGGUAGAUAGGGCUGUGAACUACACGAAAAGAUCAAAAAGUAAAAAUCUCAAAAAGUGCACAUAGCUGAUUUUGGUUUGACAACGACGAAAUGCUAUAGAACCUUUGUCGACCAAUUAACCGAUGUUCUGUUGAUCCAAACGGAUAAGACGUCUUACUGGCAUUCGCCCAUAUGACAUGGUGAAGUCUUUUUCCCCUACCUAAUCCCUGGUAGCCUAAAGGGAUAUUCAAGCUAUGCACGGUUUGUUAUUUGAGUUCACGGGGAUCAACCUGAAAAGACUUGCUAACUUGCUAACUAGCUUAGUAAGAUAAGUGCUAGGCUAUCUCUACGACCGGAUCGCAAUCGCGACUCACUUAAAAGAUCCGAAGAAGUUCUGAAAAAAAAAAAGUGAUGUUGAAUUUAUUGAUAACGCAUUUUUGCGCACUGGGUUGGGUGCACGAGCCCAUAACGAAUGGUAUGUGGUACCCCACUAUAAAUUCGAUCUCAUUCAACCUCUAAUACCAUAAAAUAAAACUUUAAAACCUUAAUCCGAUUAAUUAAAAUGUAUACAUAUAUGACAUAUCAUAUAUAUAAGAUAAUUUGUAGGCAGGAUUUCUUUCUUUUAGUAUUAAACUAAAUUAAAAUCACAUGUAAUAUUAAUAACUAACUGUCUGUUUAUUGAAAUUUCAUUAAAAUAUUAUAUAUUCAUGAUAUUUUAAUCAUUAAUUUGUACAAUAGUACAAUGUUCCUCAUUUUCUUCAUCUCGUAAAGUAUCAAUUAUUGACACAAGGAAGUAGUUCUGUGUUGCUACACAGGGUGUAGGUUAAAUUAGAUCGUGUUUUAGAUAAUAAUUAUUUUAAUUUAAAACAAAUCAAAUGAUUGGUGAAACCUCAUUAGUCUAAGUUGAAAUUUGUUAAGCACGAUGCUUUAAGGGAUGGCAAAAAUAAAAGAGCUUUUGUUUUUUUCAAA